GAUUUGCUUAGGCGUUCCUCGUCAAUCAGUCAACUGUUCCCUAUCCUUUUUGUUGGGUUUUUUCGCCAUCUUUAUGGUUCAUUUUCGAGCAUAGACGAUGAAUGCGUGCACAGGCUGGACGUGUAAUGGAAUGUCGCGGCAUCUUUGUUCUUUCGUAGGACAUUCGAAGAGAUGGGCAUUCUUGAAAGGCAGGAAUUAGUUGGGCAUGUCAGCACUGAGGCAGAUGAGAAUUGAAAGUGCGAAGCUUGAAACAUUAGGCAUUGUCAUCGCAAGUUUAGCUUCGUAUUUUUUGCGCAUAUGUCGUCUAAUUGUGUUCUUAGAAGCGGCGCGACCAUGCCGAUCAUGUCGCCCUCCGGCCCAUCUUUCGCUCAAGCUAAAAGCUAUCCAGUGGGCGUAAAGGGAAUGAGUACCGGAGCUGCAGUCUCGAGAACUUUAAGAUUACACGGAGGUCCGUUUAGAAGUAGAUAUGAUUUGAUAAGUUCAUGCCUGAAGGCUGAAAAUGGAGGAUUUGGACUGGAACCUUUCAGGAUUGGUGAAAAAGAUGGUCUCAUCAUUGUCGACCACGGGUCUAGGCGUAGAGAAUCCAAUCUCAUGCUCAAUGAGUUCGUCGCCAUGUUUCGAGAUAAAACUGGGUACCCAAUUGUGGAGCCUGCUCACAUGGAGCUGGCAGAACCAUCAAUAAAGGAUGCAUUCUGUUCAUGUGUUCUCCAAGGGGUUACUCGGGUAAUUGUCAGCCCAUUCUUUCUCUUUCCUGGGAGACAUUGGCACAAGGAUAUUCCUUCUCUGACAGCUGAAGCUGCAAAGGAGCACCCUGGCGUCUCUUAUAUUAUAACUGCACCUCUCGGCUUGCAUGAGCUACUUGUGGACGUCGUUAAUGACAGGAUCAAACACUGCCUGAGCCAUGUAGAAGGAGAUGCAGAUGAGUGUGAAGUUUGUGCAGGUACAGGCAAAUGCAGAAUCUAUUAAUUUGAUGGUGCAACAUUUUCCCUUCACUGGAAAUAGAAUUGAAAAAAUCUGAGGGAAAUGUUGGAAAAUUGCUGCUCAGCGUGAUUGUCCUCUGAGUUCGAUCCAAGUGCCAGUGAUAUUAUGUGGAAAUCACGUGGUUCUCAGAAUCAAUUGGGUUAAGGCCAUAAAGCAACGAUUAUUCCGGAAUUUUCUGGGAGUACAUGUUCCAGCAUGUGUACUUUACUGCAUGAUCGUCUCUCGUCUCUCGUCUCUGGCCUCAAUAGGGAGUUGUAAUUCAAACUUGUAGAAUGUGUUGUUCAUCAAUUUGACUAGCUCAGGUGUAAUCAUUGCAACAGAGCUAGAUGCAAUUACUUCUGCUAUUUAUGUAGACGAGAGUAUCUGAUGUCAUGGGUUUUCUCCAUUGUAAGAAAAAAUUUUGUGAUUACUGUGUGCCACCUUUGCACAUCAUGUAUUUAUGCCGUCAAACUUAGUCUGUCACUCAGAAUCUUCAGGUUGUGUCUCUCCAUCAACAAGCAAUAAAAUUGCUACAAAGGUCAGAUAAAAGUGAGAAAGCAGCACAACUCACUGUUUAUGACAGUUUGAUGCAUGAUGCAUGGUUGACAACUACGAGAUGUGAUUUCAUUUUGAUUGUAAUGCUAUUACAAGUCACGAAGCAAUGUACAGAUACGAACUGGAGAAGCCUCUCCUUGCAAUAGAAUGCUUGCAUUGUAGCUGGUA